AUGGUUAGUACUGUAAAGGCGACAUUAAUCAACAGUCAUGGUGAUGCACGUUCGAGUUUGGUCACCAACACAAGGGCAGAUCGUAAGUUGAAAGCACAUUUCGAGGAUGAUGACCGCAAUUUUGGAUCGUAUUUGUUCUUGAUGGUGAUUGUGCUGGUGGCGUUAAUAAUAGCAAUGUUGUGGUUUGUUGCGUUGGUCGCUCGGCAACGAGACCGAGAGGAAAUGCUCACUAAACUGCAACAACAACAACAACAACAACAGCGAAAACAACAGCAGCAAUCAAACGAUCAGCUCGACGAAAUUUUAUCAGAGAGAGACUCAAGGGAUCGAUAUGAAGUGAUUGUUGGUGAAGGUGAAGGCGGAAAGGUGAAGAGGAAUCUGAAGAGACGUUGGAUAGGUGCUGCUAGCAGAUGGCGGAGUUUAGAUGUCGAGUUGAGGAACGAACGACGAAGAAAUGAAGAAAAAUUCUAUUUUGCACUUGGUGAUCACCUAAAUGCGCUCACACUUUAA